UUUUAUUAUUAUAUAAAUACUCAAAGAAGAAAAGUAACACAGUUAGCGUGUCAUCUUCUCAGCCCUCGCCAUCUCCCUUCCCAAGUCUCCUCCCCCGAUCGAUUUCAGUAAACCCUUCGAAUCUAACACUCAACUGCUUCAUCAUCGGUCAUCAUCCAGGUACACUUGCUCAUAUUGUUGAAGAUCAAUUACCUUUUACUGACCUCCCAAACCCCAAACCCUAAACCCUAAACCCUAAUUCCAAUUCUAUCAGAUAAUGAAGUUUUCAUGUUGACACUCACAUUUUCUUAUCAAACUCAAACUCCACUAUAAACCUUAAAAAAUUCAAACUUUCAUGGAGGGUUUUCAUCUUGAUACUAAAUGGGAAGACAUCACAUGUCCCAUAUGCCUAUCCUACCCCCACAACUCUGUUCUUCUCCAAUGCACCUCCUACAAUAAAGGCUGUCGCCCUUUCGUUUGUGACACCGAUCAUCUCCACUCCAAUUGCUUACACCGCUUCCGUAUCGCAACCGGGACAUUGACCGAGUCAACCGGGGAAUUGACCGAGUCAACCGGGACAUUGACAAACAAACCAUCAUGCCCACUAUGCAGAGGCGAUGUCACGGGUUGGGUGGUGAUCAAAGAGGCAAGGGUAAAAUUGGACGAAAAAAAACGAUGUUGUGAAGAUGAAAAAUGCACAUUCUCAGGAACUUACACUGAGCUUCGUGAACACGCGCAAACAGAGCAUCCACACGCGUGUCCUUCAAAAGUGGACCCCGCAAGACAACAAGAUUGGGAAAAUUUUCAGCAGUCUUCUGAGAUAAUCGAUGUGUUGAGUACUAUACAUUCAGAGGUCCCACAUGGGGUGGUGUUAGGGGAUUAUGUUAUAGAGUAUGGGGAUAAUGAAUCUGGUGAUGAGUAUGAAGAUUUUCCAGGUGAUGAUGGGAAUUGGUGGACUUCUUGUAUUUUGUAUCAAGUUUUUGAUAAUUUUAGGAGUUCUAGAAAUAGAAGAAGGGGGAGAGUGAGUAGAGAGAAUCGUGGAAUGAGUUAUGAUACUUCAAAUUCAGAUGAAGGCUCAGUGGUGUCUAUGGAGAUUCAAGAGUAUAGAGUUGAUGAAGGGGAUGAUGAAUUUGUGAGUAGUAGUAGCUUAUCCAGGGGUAGAACAGGGCAUCGAAGUUCUCGCAGACGUCCUUCCCGCUUCAAUUAUAAUUAGUUUUCUGUUGAAAUUUGCUAGAUUUCCACGUGGCAAAAGGAAGCUCACUGGUUGGAAGACAUUGAAGAAAAAGGCUUGCAACCUGAGAAGACAUUUAAUAUGUGCGAUGUGAUCCUGUGUGCUGAAUUUUGUUGAUGGUUUCAUGGUUUUAUGUUUGUUACCUUCAUCCAAAUUUAAGCUUUUUUGAGUUCAUUCCUGCAUGGAUCACUGAAUAAAUUCAGACCCUUGUACAUUGAUUGAUGGAACUCUUUCUCAAACAAAUUUAAAACACACAAUGAUUUUAGCA